UGUCACUCCCCCUCCUCCCGGCUGUGGCGAGCGAGACUCUCCGGCGAGCUUCUCCUUGCAGCGGCUUCAGAUAAUCUUUGCGACAGAAUGGCAGAUCAGCAUCAGGACUUCAAUAUGACAGAUGACCAUUUGGUGAGCCAAGUCAGGCGAAGUCAGACAGAUGCUGCUGCUCCAUUAGUGGAGGAGAGAGCACACGAGGAUCGCAUUGCAGCUCGGCAGCAUGCAGAGAUCCCCGAAGGACUCACAGCUGAGGAAGCAGGCAUAGGCUGUACUCCUAGCUGUGAGGACCGUGCUGCAGGAGAUGCUCAAGCUCGUAUUGACAACAAAGAUAAAAACGGGACUGGGAUUGAAGAAGCAAAGCCAAAGCCAUCUGUACCUUCCUCUGUCAAAACCCUGACAAGUAGAUCCUCCAUUACCCCCAAACGAUCCUCCUGUGUUAGUUCUAUCCCUUUGAAAAAACCCUCCGGCCCUCCUGAGUCCUCAGUAGCAGCUUCUACCCCUAAACGCAUCUCUUCUGUCACAUCUCGACUCACCAGUACAGGAACAAAAAGGGAAAAAAUCAAGGGACCAGAUAUGAAAAGUGUAACGAAGAUAGCCACUCCGCGUCCUGCUGGAGCACAAAAUCAAAAGAGCCCCGGAAAUGCUUCACGGAUCCCAGCCAAAACUCCCACCGUACCCAAGACACCACCCAGUCUUGCUGCCAAGAAGGAGCAGAGAAGGCCCCCUAACACAGCGGCAAAAUCUGAGAGAGGUGAACCGGCAAAGUCUGGAGAUAGAAGUGGCUACAGCAGUCCUGGCUCUCCAGGGACCCCUGGCAGCCGCUCCCGCACACCCUCCCUGCCAACUCCUCCCAACAGGGAGCCCAAAAAGGUGGCAGUCGUUCGCACCCCACCCAAAUCCCCUUCUUCUGCCAAGAACCGCCUGCAAACAACUCCCGUUCCCAUGCCAGACCUAAAGAACAUCAAGUCCAAGAUCGGUUCCACUGACAACUUGAAGCAUCAGCCAGGGGGUGGAAAGGUGCAGAUUCUUAAUAAGAAGCUGGACUUUAGCAUCGUCCAAUCCAGGUGUGGAUCAAAGGAUAAUAUCAAACAUAUCCCAGGAGGAGGCAGUGUACAAAUUGUUUACAAGCCGGUGGAUCUCAGCCAUGUGACAUCUAAAUGUGGUUCCUUGGACAAUAUUCAUCAUAAACCAGGUGGUGGGCAGGUGGAAGUGAAAUCAGAAAAACUGGACUUCAAAGAGAAGGUGCAAUCGAAAAUUGGGUCGCUAGAUAACAUCACCCAUAUUCCUGGAGGAGGAAAUAAAAAGAUUGAAUCCCACAAGCUGACCUUCCGCGAGAAUGCCAAAGCCAAGACUGACCAUGGAGCUGAAAUUGUCUACAAGUCGCCCACCAUUUCUGGAGAUGCUUCCCCACGGCGCCUUAGCAACGUCUCCUCCACUGGAAGUAUCAACAUGGUGGACUCCCCACAGCUGGCCACGUUGGCUGACGAAGUGUCUGCUUCUCUGGCCAAGCAGGGCUUGUGAUUGCGUUAAAUGGGUGGAGAGGAUAAGAAGAGAAAAAUCCAAUCUGGCCUUUCUUCCUGUUCCUUUUAUAUCUGCACACCCCCCACCCUCCGCUUCCCAAUCAUUCCUUAUUUUUUCCAUUGACGGGCUGUUUUAACUUGUUCUCUCCUCUCCCCCACCCCCUUUUCUCAUCAUUCAUCUCUUGCCCGAGGACUUCAGAAUUAGCAAUGGCUUGGAAACUAUUAACAAUCUAUUUCCCGUUACCUUCGUCUAGACUAGGGUUCUCCAAUGUGGUCCCUGCUGAGCUUAUCAGAAAGUGAGUGGGGCCUUUGUAAGAUACGGCUUGUUACUGAGUGCAGCCUGGAGGAUCAGUUUGGGGACCCCUACUGUAGACAAUACUUCUCUACUUGCUCCUAACAAAAGGAAGGUUCCUUGGUAAACUUGUGCUGCUUUAAAUGUAGAUCUUGAAUAAGAAAGGUGGGUGUCUGCUGCUGUAGAUUGGCAGAAGCUAGGCAAGGGUGUCCCCAUGAAGACAAAAAAGACCCCCUAGGUGUAAUGAUUACUUAGCCCCUCCCUCCCACUUUCCUGUAAUAUAUGGCUGUCUGGGUAUAGGCUAACAGUUGCCUUCAACCUUACGGUUUUCAGUGCAUAAUGUCACCUCCUGCUGGAAGACCUGAGGCAUUAUAUACAACUCUGGCAUGGGCUGCCCUCUGCUUUGUGCACAGCAGAAAGGGACAGUUUUCAUAGAGCUGCUUGAUGAAUUCCCUUUCUUACUUUGCACAGUGGGAGUUUUCCUUGAUGUAAUUUGACUGCAUGCACAUUGUUCUGGGUAAUGGCAAUACUUUAUUAUUUAAUUUAAAAAGGCACCUGCCAGCUGCUGUACUCACCAGCCCAAGCUGAAUUUUAAAGUCUGGAAAGCUGCUGGGUCUCUGAAGCUAUAGUUCACACCCAAAAGUAUAUUAGGAGGCUGAAGGGACACUUACCUUGUGGUUUCUCCCAUAUAAUUGAUGCUGUGAAUGUAGGGAUAUUGCCUUUAAUGCUGACCUAGGAUGGAUGGCUGCUGCUGUACUGGCUCUCUCCUCUUCCUUCCUUCCCCUGUGCAGCUUUUACUGCAGAACCCAGUCUUUUGCCACUCUCUCUCUCCAACUGCCAAUCAGUUCUAUGCCAUUCAUUAGCUUUGUUCCUGGUACAGUAUAGGACAUGGGAUUGCUGAUCAAUCAAAACUGAGAUCCAUGAGGGUGCUUUCUAGGAUAGCUGGAGAAACAUACCUACUUUUCAAGGCCAUUUCCACAUGGUUAUCUGAGCAGGUUCUAAUGCUUUUAGGAAGUGUUCCCCCCCUGCUUCCCUACAGCAUCAUGGUGCACAGUUGUGCACCUCUGGGGAUUUCACCGGCUUUUCUCUGUUAUUUCUCAAACCUGCUUUGCUCCAAAGUUUGGGAAGGAUUGUAAUAAAGCUGGGAUGGUUGCUGUGUGGGUGGGUAAAUAUGGAUUUUCUGCCCCACUUGGCAGUCAUUUUCAGUGACCUGGACUCUGCAGCAACCAUUUCCUCCCCAUAUCACCAGCUGACUUUUCGUUUUUUUUAAAAAAAAUUGGCACCAGAAUAGUUAUAUUGAUACACUGUUUUAACAAUAGGUGAAGUGGGUUGCCUGAAUCCUCAACUUCCAUUUUAAAAAGUCAUUAGCUCCUUCACUUGUGGAGAUAUAAGGACCAUUUUCACAAAGAAAAGGGGCUGGAGACUUUUUAAAGAGAAAUCAAAACUUGCUACAGCCGUUGUUUCAAUGGUUUAUCUAUGUAAUGCUGUUUUAGUGUUGCCAUUUUACAAAAAUUGCAGAUGCGUAAGAGGCUUAGAGGAGGGGGGGCCACUUAUGGGGCAGAGAAGCUGUUGGAAAACUUGCCAUGUGGAAGCCCCAUUGCUCUUGUGCUUUAUCCUCAUCUGCGGAAACAGGGAAACUAUAGAAUCUCUCCCCUCCUGGCCAAAGUUCUUUGCUGUACCAUUAAGGGAGAGGCCACCUCUUAAGAGGACCACCAUUGUUGAGAUGGUAGGUACUUUAUUGGUCUUCCUCCAGCAAGGUUAUAGGAAAACCUUUCCUUUCACAGAACUGCUAGGCCACUUUUUAAAAACCAGUUCAUAGGCUCAUUACCUAGUUUGUCAGAAAAACUUUCAGAGAUUUCUCAGUAUUUAUUUCAAAAUGCCGUCUUGCUCACCUGGCAACUACAGAUAAACUAAAUUCAUGUGACAACUGAUGAGUACAGAUCUUACCCCCAAACUCAACUUCUCUUUUGCAGUUAUUUAGGCGUGCCCCUUUUGCUUAUGGAUCAAAGGGGGAAAAUAAGAGAGGGAUGGGAGGAGAAGCAGGGCAGAUUGCUUCCAUGAUGUUUUACAGCAACUUAUUUCAUUUAUUAUAAGAGUGUCCAGGUGGUAGUAAGGCCUCUUAGAACAUUCACUCUUCAGUUAUCUCACAAGAUUGUAGGAUAUUGUGCUUAAAGGCUUUCUUUGGAUUUGCCUUGGGAUGUUAGGAAGUGUACAGAUUUUCUGAGCACCAGUGAAUUGGGACUGAUUUCUACUUUGAUCAGUGGAUACAUGAAGAUACAGUUUGGGCUGGAAAAAAACAUCUAUUAUCCUUAUCACUCCGUCUUGGCAUAAUACACCUAAAUUGAAAAGGACAACCCAUUCUCUUUAACAUGAAGUAGCAAAACUAAAUCUUUACUAGAUCAUUCUCCCCCUCCCAUGCAACCAUCUUUCAAAUGUUAAAAGCCCUGGCUUGCGUCCUUCACCCAACUUUCAUUAUACUUGCAUCCCCUCACCUAUUAAACAUAAGGUACAGUCUGAUUAGUCUGAUCCCCCCGCCCAACAUAGGCAGCUCCUUAAAUGGUAGGUACUGUUUCCCAGCUUUGAGUCUGGUGGUCUUUAUGGCUUAUUUUAGGACAAAUACAGGCAUCACUUUGUCGGAUGGUUAAACCCGUUGAGGAUCCCUAUAUAGGGCCAUGUCGAACUGACUGGCUGAUGUCUUGUCUUGGUAUAUAAAUAUACAUAUCUAGGGGUUUGGGGAAAAGUGUUAACUUGACAGAUGAAAACUCAUGGGAUUGGAAGUUAAGAAAAAUGGGCUUUGUUACUGGAACUUGGAAGUAUAAAAAAGGGACAAUGAUGGAGUUUGGAAGACCCCACAAUUCCCUUUAAAGUUUUUCAAGGGGUGGGAAAACAGGGAGGGGGUGGGAAGGGAAUGAGAUCUCCGUAUGAUCAUCCUAGCUUAGCUACCUGUCUGUGACUGUCCAUAUUGUACUUGUGCGUUUUAACAACUGGUUUACACUGACUGUUGCUGUAAAAGUGAAUUUGGA